CGCUCACAUGUUGUUUACAAGCAGCGGUUGCUAAGCGCAGCGCGGGUUGUCACGUUGUGCACGAUUAUAACAGAUUAUAACAGGUUAUAUUUGAUGUCAUUUGGCUUUUGGGGCGGAAAUAAGAAGAUGAAAGUGGUCGCGUUGAUCAGUGGGGGCAAAGACAGCUGCUACAACAUGAUGCAGUGUGUAGCUGCUGGGCACCGGAUCGCAGCUCUGGCCAACCUCCGUCCUGCUCACACAGAUGAGUUGGAUAGCUACAUGUACCAGACAGUGGGUCACCAGGCCAUAGAGCUGUAUGCUGAAGCCAUGGAUCUGCCCCUGUAUAGACGCACCAUCCAGGGCUCUAGCCUGGACACCGGCAGAAACUACAGUAAAACAGAGGGGGAUGAGGUGGAGGACCUGUAUGAGCUGUUGCACCUUGUUAAGGAAAAGGAGGGUGUCGAGGCAGUGUCUGUAGGGGCCAUUCUCUCCGAUUACCAGAGGGUCCGCGUGGAAAAUGUAUGUUUGCGGCUAGGUCUGCAGCCUCUGGCCUACCUGUGGCGCCAAGACCAGGAAUCCCUGCUCCAUGAAAUGAUAUCAUCUGACCUCCAUGCUAUCCUCAUCAAAGUUGCCGCCUUCGGCCUGGAUCCAGAGAAGCACUUAGGAAAACCUCUGGCUGACAUGGAGCCCUAUCUGAAACAGCUGUCCCAGAAGUAUGGAGUUCAUAUUUGUGGAGAAGGAGGUGAAUACGAAACCUUCACCCUUGAUUGCCCCCUCUUCAAAAAGAAGAUGGUUAUCGAUGCAGCGGAGACAGUGAUCCACUCAGCAGAUGCCUUCGCUCCAGUCGGCUACCUGCGCUUCACCAAGAUGCACACAGAGAGCAAAGACAGCGAUGUGGUGGCGAGAGCUUUGCCCCAUGGUAGUUGUCCUUGCCAGAGCGCCAUUGACAAGAUGACUGAGGAGGUGGAAUAUGCUGAUCAAGCCGAAGACAACCAGCAAGAAUUUACAUCAAAUUGUGACCUUAGUUGUCAGCGGGGCCACGAUCUUGCUCCGUCUUGCUCGCCAAGAAGCUCCAGAGGCUAUCAGUGGAUCUGUAGCAUCAACGGCCUACAGAGCCAAGAACCCAGCAUCCAGGGCCAGACACAGGCAGCUUUCACACAGCUGCAAAGUGAGUUGGACAGCAAAGGCUGGAAGAUGGAGGACAUUAUCCUGGUCCACCUGUAUGUGAGGUGCAUGGAAGACUUUGUUGAACUCAACAAAGUCUACAAGAAACACUUUGGCAUGAACCCUCCAGCCAGGGUGUGUGUUGAGGCUCCUCUACCUGCUGAUCAGCUGCUGCAGAUGGAUUGCUUGCUCCAUGACUGGAUCAAGCCCCCUGAGGAAGGCUGCUUCCACCAGAGGGAAGCCCUGCAUGUCCAGAGUCUGUCCCACUGGGCCCCAGCCAACAUUGGGCCUUACAGCCAGGCCCUCAGGGUCGAUCAGUUGGUUUUCUGUGCAGGCCAAAUAGCCUUGGUCCCCUGUACUAUGCAGCUGGUGAAGGCUGGCACCAGGACCCAGGCCCAUUUGUCCUUCAGCUAUGUGAAGAAGGUUCUGGAGGCGGUGAUCGGCAGUCUAACUCUAGCUCACGUCAUUCAGGCCCACUGUUACACCACAAGACACCAAGACAUCCCCAUCAUCAGGGCCGUCUGGGAGACCAUGCUGAGGGCCGCAGAGGAAGAGAAGGAUUUGUCAUGGGAACCUGAGAGCGAACCUGCGCCAUUAUUGGUCGUUACGGUACCUGCCUUACCCAAGGGAGCAGCUGUUGAGCUUCAUGUAACUGCAAUUCAAGAUGAUCCCACCAAAAGGACUUCAUGUCACGUGACUACAAAGGUGGCGUGCGGAACCAUACAGUGCCGCACUGUAACGUCUGCUGACAUGUGUAGUGCUUCCCUUUCAAUUUCCGUUGCUGCGCCCGGCGACAACCUGGAGGUCACCGGCGUGAAGGACGUGACGGAAGCAGUCGGCGCCACAUUUAAGAAAGCCGUGGAGAAGAUGGAGGCUGAGCUGGUGCCACUGUGUGCCAGGGUGUUCUACAAGUGCAACCACUCAGCGGUUCAGCAGAUUAUUAAAGGACUUGAAGAAAGUCUGAGAAGCUCUCUAGGAGAUUACAGCCCGUCCGUGACCCUGGUUCCAGUCCUGGACUUGCCAGACUCCCAGAUCCUCCACCUGUCCUGCUGGCUCAGUUUAUAGAAACACAGCCAGAGUCAACAACCAGACUGCAGUCAUCCAAAGCACUGGAAUUCUGUGGGGCUUUUCUCGAGGCGCGACUCUGACAGCCUCAACACCUAAUGACUUACAACAGGGCAUCAGUAAAUGCGGAAAAGAAAAAAACGACAUAACUGCUCACGCAUCCUGACUGUUUAUCACUGCUGAUUGUUGAAAUGCAAAAGCUGCGUCUGUCUUUAAAUGGUUUUGAUGAUGUGCCGUUUUUAAGAUGUGUUUAUUCCACUCCAUAUCCCAGAACUUAAGCCAAUAACUCACUUUGUCCUCCACCGGAGGUGUAUACUGCAGCAGCUGUUACUCUGCUUUGGAAAUGAGUCUUAUGGAACUCCUAUAAGAUAAAGCUGCAUACCAGAGGACCGGAGACCACAGCCUAGAAAAGGUGACACCACCCGUGUCUCAUCCCACGAGGCGAUAAACUGUAUCCCCUGAUAUCCCACUGUUUUCUUGUGGAAUUUCUCUUAGCACGCCAGCUAACACCCCUCAUAAAGGCCUAGCGCCACCACUGACACCAUCUGUUCAGUUGUAAACCUAUAGAUUUACUGUGUGACCGGUUUGUGGCUGUGUGUAAUGCGUGCGGAUGAGGUGACUGUGUUUCUCCCUCUCAUGCUCCAUGGGAUUCAAGGUGUGUUAUUAUUGUGUAAUAGGCAAUCAGCGCAGAGCACCUGAAAAGAUUAAGCCUCUUUAUGUUUUCUAUUGAUUCUACGGCAACCUGGUUAAUAGGAAAGGGACAACACACAGCUGCGGGGCAGGUGUGUGUUGUUCCUCUCUCAGUGUGUGUGUGUUGGGGGUGUCAAUGGACACAUUGUGACGACGUGGGAAGAAAAUAACACUAUUAACCAUUGCUCCUGGAACAUUUCUUUUCUCAAAGAUCAUGAACCGUAUUGAUGAUCUGAGUUGGAAUGCAUCUUCACUUGGGCUAUUCUCUUUUCAUCGCGCUUGUGACGGCGGGAUAGUGGAGUGGGCUUAUUGAUCUUCACCAACCACGAUGUUGUUUUGAUUGUUGUUAUCAAAAAUUGAACAAUAGAGGCGGCCAAUAGAGCCUGAAGAUUUUUUUUUUUUUUUUUUUUUUGAGGGUUGAAAAAAUACAAAACAAGCAAUUAUUUAUGAGAGCGAGCAAAGCCAAUGCCCCAUAAAUAUACAGUGCGUGUUAAUGUUCACCUGUUUGGUUUUUAAAGGGCCCUACCAGGGGGAGAUUCAGAAUCUUUGAAUAAUGCAGCUGUACAAUAAGUACUGUGAUAUUGGUAUUUUUUAGUACUUUUAUACCUCCGGUCAAGUCAACACCUAUAAGUUUCAUCCCCAAAUAUUUGAUUAUAUUUCACAGUUUUCAAUAAUAGUAGCUGUUGAACUUCUAUAGAUUUGGCAGUGGCACAGAUUGUCAGUUUUUUUGUAGAGAGAUAUCCUUCCGAGAGUGUUUUCUUCGCACUCGUUUGUUUUUAUUUGUGAAUGUGUUUCAGAACAGUUUGAAUGCCAAACAGGGUGUUGCCGAGCAAGGCUUUGCUGAACAAGCAUGUAUGUUCAGCAGCCUUACCCACUAAAUAAUGGCUUACAAGAGAGAUUGAAAAAAAAAAUGCUUUUGUCCAAAUUGAGCAAUGAAAAUAAAGUAACGACCAGCCAAUGGAAAUGUACUAGAUUUAACUUGAUUAAAAUUCCACAUUUGCAAGACA